GCUGUCCGCCAUGUUGGGAUCAGUGAGAGAGGGAGAGAGAGAGGUGUGGAGCGGAGCGGAGCUGACUUGAGUUUAGCUACAGGGGAUUAAAUCGGUAUUUUGUGUCCUUUCCUUCCCUCGCAGUGAGCGGUAAUGUCCUCCUCUCCUCCUUCUCUCCUCCUCUGUGUGCUGUGUGUUCAGCUGUGAGCUCGCGCCCUCAACCUGAGCAAGAAAGAACAGGAGGGAAAACAAUCUCAGCUCUGCUCUCGGAACAACAACAACAAUGUUCUCCAAAAAACCUCACGGAGAUGUGCGGAAAUCCACACAGAAAGUGCUGGAUCCUAAGAAGGACGUCCUGACACGACUCAAACAUCUGCGCAUCGUCAUCGAAAACGCUGAAUCGGCUGAACUGAAACAUUUCUUUGACCAGAAUUAUUCUCACAUCUAUUACGUCUUCUUCGAGAACUUCGUCAGUAUUGAAGCAAACCUGAAACAGAAAGGUCAUAAAUCACAAAGGGAAGAGCUCGACUCCAUUCUUUUCAUAUUUGAGAAAAUUCUGCAGUUGUUGCCAGAGCGGAUUCAUGGACGAUGGCAGUUUCACAGCAUUGGUCUCAUACUGAAGAAACUCCUGCACACUGGAAACUCCCUGAAGAUUCGCAGAGAGGGUGUGCGUCUCUUCCUGCUCUGGCUCCAGGCUCUGCAGUAUAACGCUCUGAAGGAGCAGCUGUGGAUUUUCGCCUGUUUGAUCCCAGGAUUCCCGGCUCCUCAGUGUGAACACACACCGCGCACUCUCGACAGUAUCAUCAACCCCACACUCACCCUGCAUGAGGCUCAGGUGAUGCCUGAGGAGAUCAGCCCACUGGUUCUACCCCAGUCUGGAGAUAAAGCUCAGGAGGAUCUGACUGGUUACUUCCUGGAGGCGUUACUGAAGUACAUGGUCAAUCAGGCUAAGAGUCUGGAGUGGAGGUGUAGAGAGAACCAUGAGAAGGGUUUCGCAUUUCUCUUCGCCAACUUUAAGAAGUUUUAUCUUCCUCACAUCUUCCCAAACUUCUCCAAGGAGAGCAGCUUGUACGCCCCCAUCCUGGACAUUCCUCCGAUGAGGCCGAAGCCGUGUUACGUGGUUGUUAAAAGGGACCCUGACACUAACGAGGCCGUGUACUGCACUAAAGAGAGCUUCCUGAACGCACGGGUCAUCUUCAUCCGUUGGCUCGUCUCCUUCUGGCUAGAACCCAAAUCCAACACGCAGACAAACAUCCCUGGGGUGGAGGGAGAGAAUGUGCCGAAGAACAUCCAGAGAGCAGCUGCGGGUUUGGCCAUGCGUUCGGAAGAAGGUGGUCCUCGAUCUUCAGCUCUGGAUGGAGGAGGAGGAGAACCGGAGCAGUCUCACUCCAACACGAGCACUCUGACAGAGAGAGAACCGAGCUCAUCCAGUCUCUGCAGCAUGGAUGGAGAGAACCUCAGCGCCGUAGAGGUAGUAAAGAACGUUCUGUACUCCUCCAGGACCAACGUGAACUUCAUCACUGAGAUCUUCAGACAGGCAUUUUUGUUGCCGAUGUGUGAGGCAGCAGCGAUGCGUAAGGUGGUGCGUGUGUAUCAGGAGUGGAUCUCUCAGGAGGAAAAGCCUCCGUUUAUGGCAGAACCAGAGGAGGACGAGCACUACCUUGACCCGCAGGACCCGGUUUUAGGACACGGCCCAGAGAACCACAACGAGGAAAGAGUGAUGAAGGACAGUGAGAUGUUGGAGUACAGUAUACAUGCAGGAGUUCAGGCCACGUUACAGGUUUUCAUCAUCAACUCCUCCAACGUUUUCCUGUUAGAGCCAGCUAACGAGCUGAAGCCUCUGCUAGAGGAACACAUCGACAUGUCCAAGCGCGUCCUCAACAUCUACCGCAGCCUCGUCAUGCACCAGAACAUGGACCAGAAAACAUGGGAGCAAAUCCUGAUGGUGUUGCUGAGGGUGACAGAGUGUGUGAUGAAGAGGCCUCCCUCCAUCAUGCCCCAGGGGAAAAAGAGUAACACACUCUCUGGCCGAUUAGCAGGAGCCAUUUUUCAGACUCUGAUCGUGGCGUGGAUUAAAGGGAACCUGAACGUGUUUAUCUCUCGGGACCUGUGGGACGAGCUGCUCUCCGUGCUCUCCUCUCUCACCUGCUGGGAGGAACUCGUCACCGAGUGGUCCCUCACCAUGGAGACCCUCACCAAGGUGCUGGCCAGGAACCUGUACAGCCUGGACCUGAACGAGCUUCCACUCGACAAACUCAGCGAGCAGAAACUAAAGAAACACAAGGGCAAAGGUGGCGCUCAUGAGGGACAGAAGAUGGUGGUGGAUCGUUCUUUCUCUAAAGGAUGGAGUCGUGAUCCUCCCGGUCAGACUGUAGCCAUGCGGCAACGCAGCGCCACCACCGCUGGCUCUCCAGGCAUUGAGAAGGCCAGGAGCAUCGUCCGGCAGAAAACCAUCGACAUGGAGGACCCCCCUCCGUCUCUCCGUGGCCCUCGUGCACGUCACUCGUCUCAGAGCGAGGAAAGUCCGGCAGGAGAGGUGUUCUGUGUCUCAGCCGAUGCGGAUCAGACACCACUUCCGCGCAGCAGCAGCGCCUCUGACAUCAUGGAGCCACUCGUGAAAGGUGCACUUCCUGUUUCUGACACUCCCUCUCACACUGACCCCACCCACUGCCCCUCCCACAGCCCUGCCCACUCCUUUGAAGCAGCUGAUAGUAUCUACGAGCACCUGUGCCAAGUACCAGAGCCUCAGCUCUCGUUUGUUCCUGAUUGGACGUUUCUGGAGGCCACACCCAGUUUACCUGAGGCAGCAGGGAGAGAGGAUGACCUCAGCCUGGAAGGGGUGGAGCCAGGUCCAGAGGAAAAAGAGGAGGAGCCAGAGCCAGGCGAUCAGAGUUUCUAUGAGUGCUUAGAGCAAUGCGAAGCAGAGCAAGCGACCAAUCAGAAGCCGUUAUGUAGGCAAGACGCAACAGAGCGUCUGAUCGAGGUUGACUCUGCCACACAUGCCGGGCUCCGCCCUCGAACUAAAAAACGUCCAGGAGGUGGUGUCCAUGUCAGUUUCCGUCCCUCCACGGAGUCUGUGCACUUCCUGAACCCUCUAGACCCAAAGGAAGCUCACUGGAAAAGUCGACUUCGACGCCUAGGGCACUUCAGUGCUCACUCACACCCCGGGGCGGGGCCGGCGAUGGCAACAAAGCUCAGAGAGGCAUCUGAAGAGGGGGAGGGGGUGCGUUCCCGCCAGCAGGGUGCGCUGUUAGGUGGCGUUUAUAAAUCCGUGGCUCACGCUCUCUCCAAACCAAAGAGCCAUGGAAAAAGUGCCGCCUCAGACGCGCACCUGAAGGACCUGUACACGCAUUUUAUCGGCUAUUUCGGAAGAAAAGCUCCAGCUAGUAAAGAUGACCUGACACAGAAGAUGCGGCCGGUAUCGAGUGAUGCAGAGAGCAGUAAUCCCAAUGUCAGCGAUCUGAUGGACGAGUUUAUCCAAGAGCGCCUCAGAGCCGGGGGAACCUCGGGAAUGGCAAGGCGUGGCAGUAGUCCGGGCAGUUUGGAGAUUCCUAAAGAUUUUCCGGAUGUGUUGACUCGCUCGAACACCACACGCCCCAUUGAUGACCCUGGUGUGCCCUCUGAGUGGACCUCACCUGCAAGCGCCAGUGGGAGUGACAUCAUCAGCUCUGACAGCCAGUCAGAUUCUUUCAAUGCCUUCCAGUAUGACAACAAAUUUGAGAGUUUCAGCUUUGCCCAUGAGGGGUGUGCAGCGGGCUGUAUGGAGCAGGAGAGUGUGUGUGUGGCACCACAUGUGGUGGAUGAACAGGAUCACUCCAGUCUCACGACACUGCACAUCGACUCUGAGACCAGCAGCCUGAGUCAACACGGCCUGUCUGCAGAUACACUCACCAUCACCGGUUCAGGGAGUGUGUCUCCGGUCCACUCUCGCUCACACACUCCAUCUCCUGCUACACUCACGACUGAACACACUGAACACAAAGAUCUGCAACUGGAUGAGAAACUCCAUCACUCCGUCCUGCAGACCCCUGACGACUUGGAGACGAGCGAGUUUCCCACCGAGGACUGCAGCGUGAUGGCCGGCGGCUCGCUCACUGGUUGGCAUGCUGACGUUGCCACAGUGAUGUGGAGACGGAUGCUCGGCAUUCUGGGAGACGUCAACACUAUUAAAGACCCUGAGAUCCACGCACAGGUGUUCGAUUACCUCUGUGAGCUCUGGCAGAACUUGGCCAAGAUCCGUGAUAAUCUGGGAAUCUCUAUUGACAAUCAGUCGUCUCCUCCUCCUCCGGACCUGAUUCCCCCACUGAGAAUCCUCACACCCUGGCUCUUUAAAGCCACUAUGUUGUCCGAGAAGUAUAAACAGGGGAAGCUGCAUGCAUAUAAACUGAUUUGUAAGAUCAUGAAGAGGAGACAGGAUGUAUCGCCCAACUCUGACUUCCUCACACACUUCUACAACAUCAUGCACUGCGGCCUGCUGCACCACGACCAGGACAUUGUGAACACCAUCAUUAAACACUGCUCGCCCCGUUUCUUCUCCAUCGGGCUGCCGGGAGCCACCAUGCUCAUCCUUGACUUCAUUGCUGCAGCCAGCAGAGUGACGGCCUGCUCCUCUCUCAAUGCUCCGAGGGUGGAGGCUCAGAUCUUACUGGGUUCUCUGGUGUGUUUUCCGAACCUGUAUGAAGAGCUUCCUGCUCUCCACCCCACCACCGCUGAUGUCAUCCUGACCAAAUUUAAGGACGUUAAGGAGCACAUUAUUAAACACAUCUUAACCUCGGCUAGGGAUGAACCGUCUGCCCCCGCCAGGUGUGUAGCUCUGUGUAGUUUGGGUAUAUGGCUGUGUGAGGAACUCGUCCACGGUACACGACACCCACAGAUUAAAGAAGCUCUAAACGUCAUCUGUGUCACUCUGAAGUUCCCAAAUAAAACCGUAGCACUGGUGGCUUCAGACAUCCUACAUCUCCUCAUCAACUACGUCGAUCAUCUGCAGAAGUUCCCCCCUGACACGCCCAAGAAAAUAGUGGAGAUUCUCAUCGCAACCAUCACCUACCUGCUGCCUACUACUGAGUCUUCUCCUCACGAGCUGGACAAGAGGUUGGUAGUGUCCCUCCUGUUGUGUUUGUUGGACUGGGUCAUGGCUCUUCCUCCGAAAACCCUUCUGCAGCCGAUUCAGACUCUCUCGCAGGACAAAGACAAAUCGGACAGAACCGUCCUCGGUGCCAUCUAUAAGGUGCUGCACGGCUGUGUGUACGGCUCUCAGAGUUUCAGUAAUCCCCGUUAUUUCCCUCUGAAUCUCUCGGACCUCAGCAGUUCAACCUUUGACCCUUUCCUAGUCCUGGAGAGUUUGAAGGAGCCUGAGCCUCUGCACUCACCCGACUCGGAGCGCUCGUCUAAAAUACAGCCGGUCACUGAAGUGAGGAGCCGUAUGCAGCAGGGCCUGAUCUCCAUCGCUGCUCGGACGCUGGUGUCUCACCUGUUGAAUCACCUGUCUCACUUCCCCCUGGGCGCAGGAGGUCCGGCCGCUCUGACCAGUCAGGUGUGUGAGAACCAGGACAACCCGUACUGCCAGAGCGCUGACCUCGCCCCCGAGCUCUUCCACACACCCAACCUGCAGUUCUUCGUCCUGAACAGUUCCACGCUACUCUCCUGCCUCCAGAUCCGCUCCGAUGACAACAUGGCCGCCGGUCUUGUCGCCCCCGACGCCUGCGUCCGCCUCAUCGUCAGGGACAUUUCCGGAAAGCACUCUUGGGAUUCGGCUGUGCUCUAUGCCCCGCCUCAGUGUGCUCCUCAGACCCGAGCGCUGCGCUCUCACCCAUCCUCCAGUCCUGCAGGGGGCGACGGGGAGCAUGCCACAGACCGUGACUCAGUAGAACAGGAUGAGAAGGACGACCUCUCGGAGAGCAAGGAUUUGGAAAAAGAGGAAGAAGAAGAAGAAGAGGAGGAGGAGGAGACGCUUUCAGAGACGAUGGCGCCAUUAGCGAAGCGGCGGUGCCGUGAAAUGAUUCCCAGUUGGGAUUCUCUUCAGGAUGGUGAAGACGUUUUGGAUGAGGUGCUGCAGUAUUUGGGAUCUUUGAGUCCAGAGUGCCUCCAGAGAACCGGAAUGCCACUGAACAUUCCGGCUCAACCUCCUUGCUGCGUGUCAGAGAAACAGGAGAAUGAUGUCAUCAACGCCAUCCUGAAGCAGAGCGCAGAGGAGUGGGACUUUGCCACGAAACACGGGAACGACGUCCACACGAAGGCAAUGGAGCAGCCGGAACCCACGGCCCAGAGACCACAAUCGGCCUUCUACUACUGCAGACUCCUGCUCAACAUCCUGGGCAUGAACUCCUGGGAGAAGAGGAGCAGCUUCCACCUGCUGAAGAAGAACGAGAAGCUGCUGAGGGAGCUGAAGAACCUCGACUCCAGACAGUGCCGUGAGACGCAUAAGAUUGCGGUGUUUUAUGUGGCAGAGGGACAGGAGGACAAACACUCCAUUCUGUCUAACACCAGCGGCAGUCAGGCGUACGAGGACUUUGUGUCUGGACUGGGAUGGGAGGUCAACCUGACAAGCCAUUGUGGUUUCAUGGGAGGUCUUCAGAGGAAUAAGAGUACAGGUUUAACUAUGCCCUACUUCGCCACAUCCACCGUAGAGGUCAUGUUCCACGUGUCCACUCGCAUGCCACCUGAUUCAGACGACUCGCUCACCAAAAAGUUGAGGCACCUGGGGAACGACGAGGUUCACAUCGUGUGGUCGGAGCACACACGGGACUACAGGAGGGGAAUAAUCCCAACCGAGUUCGGAGACGUCCUCAUAGUCAUCUACCCUAUGAAGAAUCACAUGUACAGCAUCCAGAUCAUCAAGAAACCAGAGGUGCCAUUCUUCGGGCCUCUAUUUGAUGGCGCUAUAGUGGACAGUAAGAUUUUGCCUACGAUGGUGCGAGCGACGGCCAUCAACGCCAGCCGUGCUCUCAAAUCCCUCAUCGCCCUUUACCAGAACUUUUAUGAGGAGCGAGCGCGAUACCUGGAGUCCAUCGUGCAGCACCAUGUGGAAUUGAGCACGUUUGAGGACUACGCUGCGCGUAUGUUUAGCCCCGCCCCUUUUCACCAUCCUCCCAGCGAAUCAGGUUCCUUCCUGGAGAACCCGCUAUGUGAGAACCCGAGUGCGCUGCUGGACACCGGUGAUUUAUCAUCACCCAUCUCUCCUCGAGCCAGCAAGAGCCGCGUAUCCAUGAAGCUGCGACGCUCAUCUGGGUCGGCCAACAAGACCUGAGCGCGCACACUCACACUCACAGCACACUGAUCACUAAAAAAAAUGCACGCACUGCACACUUCACUGCACUGCUCUCACACACACACACACACACACACACACACAGUGCUGGUAAUUGUUUGUAUGAUACCUCCUGAUAUUUUGAUAAAUUCUGAAGUCAUUGUUUCUGAUGAAAGGUUACUGAGGAACCCGUUGCCAUGGUAACGGUGGUGACGGGUAACAGCCAUGCAUUUGUUCCGUUGUCGUUUCUGAUCUAACAUGGCCACGUUACUGAGAUCAGACGAGCUUAAACACACUGCUGAUCAUGGACUGAUCAGUCUGCACAUUUCCUCCGCCUCAGUUACUGAUGUAUUUAUCUCUCUGUACACACUAAGAAGUGGACUUCUCUGUGUGAAAUGAAACACAGCCACUUCCUCCUGUUACAUCAGUCUUUCUUUUUCCGUUCAUCGCUUUAAUAUUUUUAUCUGUUCAUGAUGCACGACACUACUGUUCUUUUUAUACUCCUACACAAAGUCCUGUUUCCCUCCGACGUAAUCGAUCAGGGUGACAGACUGGAGCGAACAGGCUCACGGUGCGAACUCGUAACGGAAGUGUACGGCCUCCGCUUUAGCUUGGUGCACUAUAGCCGCGUGUGUGACUCCUCCCACUGCGGCGUCUGCUCCGUCUUUGCUCAGGCAUAAACUCUGGAUAUUAUGUAUUUUAAGUCAUCUAGAGUUAAAAUUUCAUUUUGUUUUCUUUUUAUAAUAAAGUUAAUGAGCUUAAACAAAUUAGAGAGAGGAAUGAGAGGAGAAAAGUUUCAAGCGUAAAAGCACUGAAAAUGGUAUUUGUAAAAGAAAGCGCAAAAACGUUGCUCAAGUAUCAACUAAAAAAGAAAUUACAUGAAAUUUACUGUAGUAAAAAAAAAAACCUCAUUGUGUGUAUGUAUGAGUAAUUCAGUGACGGUUAAAAGUAAACAGCUCAGUGUUAACACGCAAGUCGAGCCGGCACUUAAGCUAAUUUGAAGUUGAUGCUAAAGUGGAGGAUAUACGCUUCUAUUACUGUUAGCUACGUCAGCAUCGUCGCUGCAGCGGAAAAUGAAAUCCAUUACGGUGUCCUGGUUGCUCGAUUGUGUUUGGAGGGAACGGUGAAUUUGAGCUCAUUUCAUUGUAUUGUGUUUUUUCUGUUGUGUUUAUUUCACUCCUAAUAUCGACACGUGUGUGUUUGUAUAUAAAUAUAAAUAUCAAUGUGAGAAAUAUAUCUGCAUAUUUAAUGAAUGUGUAUAGCGGAUGAGCAGUGUCUGGUCUGUGUACAGAUUUAACAGUAUUUAAAGCAGCCGAAAAACAAAACAAAAAAAACGAGCCUUGAGUUCUCUCUCUCACUCUCACAGACACACACACGCGCUGCAUCCAGGAUCGAGCUCCCUGCAUAGAGAAGAUAUCAGGGCCCUUAUUUCCCUGUAGACGUGUACAAGGCGUCAUCUGGAGCGUUCUCUCACGCUCAUGCACACGUUUACACACGUCAGCUGAUUUACAAAACAGAAAAGGUUUAACUCUGGCACUACAGAUAAACCAGACCAAACCAAAGACAGACAUACUAGAGCCUUGGAUACACGCUGGAGCAAAAGUAAGUGCCCCCCCCCCCCCCCCCCCCCCAGACUUGCACUGAUGAACACUGACUUUUAAAACUCUUUUUUUUUUUAAGACGUGUUACAGAAUCCUAGGUUUUUUUUCCUUUUUGUUUUUCUUUCUGAAAAGUGUCAUUUUUUAAAAUGGUGAAUUAUUUUUUACUGCCUGAGAAAUGGCUACACACACAGGAACAUCUCAAGACCUUCCUUCCUCCCUCCCUCAAUGAUCUAUGAAUAUGUAAAUAUGCUCAUGAAUAAAUAAGCCAGUUAGUGAGCUGACAAGCUAGUAAACUCGUUCACGUGAGUCACAUUAGUGAUAAAUAUCUCAACAGUGUCAGCUAACCUAGCUUGCUAGCUUAGCACACCAGUUAAUGUCGUCGUGUAGAAUUUGUAUAUUCGACAUGAUUGGAGCUUACAUUCUGACAUCACAAACUGAGCUCAUGUGUAGCCCCGCCCCCAAAUCUGUUUUAUAUCCGGAUGUUCUGAGUAAGUCUCUGGUUUAAAGGUAAAAUUUCUGUGAAAUUGAUCUGAAAUCGAAGUGCGUUCAUUUCCCAGCGUGGCACAGGACGGUGGUUACAGCUGCUCAGUGUUCAGGGCUCUGAUGUGUGUUUUUGGUUCAAGGGGAUGAUGGUUUUAUAGAAUGUUUGAGCUGUAAAUGCAACACGUCACAGAGGCCUGAAUAUUUUCCACACAGUAAUGAGAUGGUUUUAUAUCAGAAAACUGAAAUGUGUGCACGCUGGAAGAUGGACGUGUGAGGAGAUCGCUGCAUGACGCACGUGCUAACUGCAUGCGUUACACACACACAGUCUCAUCUACACAUUUGUAAAGAGGAAAUUCAGACGUGCAACUAAACACACAAAUAAAAAAUAUUCUCACGUA